ACCCUUUAAAAAAAAGAAAAAAGGGUUCAUUGGUCCGCAAACAGGAAUCUCUCACUAUAAAAAUUCCCAAGCUGCUUUUUUUAUCUUUGCUUCAAGAGAGGGAAAACGCAAAAAUCUUGAGAAUCUAUUUAUAAUCAUACAUUAUACUUAUAUAUAUAGAGAGAAUGAUGAUAUGGAGGAGAAGUUGAAGGGGAGAGGGGGGGAGUGGGGAGAUGGCGAGAGGAGAGUGUUCUUACAAGAGGACAACUUUGGUUGUUUGUUCCGUGAACAUUGUCGUUGCUCUCUAUGUGCUCCACUCUCUCUACGCUUCUGUCUACAACUACUCCUUCACUGAUACUCACACCAUAUUUAAAUACAGUGCAAAUCAGAUUAGCAUAAUGGAAGAGUCGAAUCAAAUACGAAAAGCAGCAGAACCCACAGAACUUAUUCGAUUGGUCUCACAGCUAAAGGAAAGAUUUGUAAGUGAAGAAAGAGUUGAAAGAUUGCCUCAGCAUUUGAAACAAAAGUUGAUAUAUGAGAUCCUAGAUAAGUUCAGAAGCUUAGAUGCUGCUGCCAAUGGUACAGAGCAACGGGAUGCAGUAGAAUCCUGGCGCAAACAAAAAUUAAAAGAAGCUAAAAAACUUAUUCGUGGGAAAAUGUUAAAUACGACAAUUUUACCUGAGGAAGCCGGUGCUGUUUCAAGAGCUUUAGGUUCUGAUUGGUCUGAGAUGUCAAAAGAGAUUGGUCUAUGGAUACCAGUAGAAAUUGUUAACAAGGAACAUGACGACAAACCUGAGAGUGACGAAGAACUCGAUGAAGAAAUCCUACCAGGCAGAAAGCUACCUCCCGAAUGCCAUGCUGAACUUCAUAGUGAUUAUGAUGGUGCUGCUGUCAGAUGGGGCCUUACCCACCAUAAAGACUCUGCAUACGAAUGUUGCAUGUCAUGUUUGGAUCAAGCCAGGCGUGCCAAACCCGGUCAAAAGAAAUGCAAUAUAUGGGUUUAUUGUCCAUCGGAGACGGGAUGCUACUCUCCAGACAUAUAUGAACAUAAACAUGGCGAGUGCUGGCUAAAACAUUCAGAAACACCGAAACUAAACUUUAAAGACAAGUAUCCAGAAUCAUAUCGAGAUGCUCAUGUGAAUGCUCCAGUUGUUGUUCCAUGGGUAUCUGGUGUCAUCACCAUGUGAGUUGUUUUGUUUUGUUUUGCUAGCAUCAAGUAUCUAUAGCUGUGUCAUAUUUUUCUGCAAAGGCAGUGGAAUAUGGUUCAGUUCUCUUCAGUAUUUAGCUUGAUUCUGUUGGGUUUUACCUAACAAUAAUCGACAUAUAAGUAGCUUAAACUAGUAUACAUGUAUAUGAUCACUUCAUUAUAAUGAUACUGUUGAUUUGUUA